AUGGAGAGCAAGAUAACCUCUGGCUCCUGGCGCCGCAGGGACCAGGGCAUGAAUCCCUCAACAGACAGCAACAUAACUUCCACCUCCUGGCGCCACAGGGACCAUGGUACGACUCUCUCUGCAGACAGCAAGAUAACCUCCGGCACCCGGCGCUGCAGGGACCGUGGCACGACUCCCUCUGCGGACAGUAAGAUAACUUCUGGCUCCUGGCGCUACAGGGACCAUGGCAUGGCUCCCUCCGCAGACAGCAGCCCAACAUCUGGCUCCUGGCGCCGCAGGGACCAUGGCAUAACUCCAUCCACAGACAGCAAGAUAUCCUCUGGGUCGUGGCACCACAGGGACCAUGGCACGACUUCCUCUGCAGACGGCAACAUAACCUCCGGUUCUUGGCGCCACAGGGGCCAAGGCAUGACACCCUCCACAAACAGCAACAUAACCUUCGGCUCUUGGCGCCACAAGGACCACGACAGGACUCCCUCCGCAGCAGCGCCAUCCGUGGCAUUUCGCCAAACUGCCCCAUAUGAUGACGCCACCAUCUCCAAAAUCCAGAGCUGGUCUGCAUACGAGAAGGGCUGUGGGCUGAUCGAGGCAGCUCAGAAGGGACAACUGGAUCAACUACGAACACUGCUCGCAGCGGGUGCGGACCUGAGUGUGACGGACAGGCAGAAGAGGACAGCUUUGCACUGGGCAGCAGGCAGGGGUCACCUCAAGAUGGUGAAAUGUCUGCUGGACGGUGGGGCACAGCCGGACGUCACAGACAGGUGGAAAAACGUGGCUCUGCACUGGGCUGCGCGGGAGAGCCACGCAACUGUUGUGCAGCUUCUGCUGGCGUCCUCACCUCACCCCAAUGUGAGAGGUGAGGAUGGGUGGACAGCAUUGCACUGGGCGGCGCAAAAUGGUUGCACCAGGGUGGCCACUGUGCUGCUAGAUGCAGGGGCAGACAGGGAACUCAGGGAUGACGAGGGGGACACACCUCUGCACUGCGCUGCGUGGAAUGGCCACACAGCCGUGGUUCGACUGCUGAUGGCGUCUGCCCUCCACCCAAAUGUGAGGGGGCAGUACGGAUGGACACCCCUACACUGUGCAGCAGCAAAUGGCCGUGCACAGGUGGCGACUGUGCUGCUGCAGGCAGGAGCAGAUGUAAAAGUGAAGGACGAGGAUAAGAGGACUGCAAUGCACUGGGCAGCUGGCAGGGGAUAUCUCAGAGUGGUGAGGUGUCUGCUAGAAGGUGGGGCACGGUUGGACGCCAUGGACAAGUGGAAGACUGUACCUCUGCACUGGGCCACGUGGCUGUCGUGCGGCUGCUCUUGGCAAAAUGGUCGCUCAAAGGUGGCGGCUGUGCUGCUCGAGGCAGGGGCAGACAGUCAGCUCAGGGAUAACAGAGGGUACACACCUCUGCACUGGGCUGCACGGAGGGGCAAGGUCGGUGUAUUGCAGCGGCUGCUGGCGUCCUCCUCUCAGCCCAAUGUGGUGGGGUGGCACGGGGCGACUCCACUGCACUGGGCAGCAGCAAAAGGCUAUGCGGAGGUGGCUGCUCUGCUGCUCGAGGCAGGGGCAGACAAGUCGCUCAGGACUGACAGCGGGAAAACGCCCCUGGACCUCGCUAAAUGGUGGGUUCGCCUCCAGCUGGUGGAAUUGUUAAGAUAA